UAUUCAUUUGAUGGUGUUCUGUCGCGGUAAAGCCUAUAUUAUUUAUUAAAAACCACUGUAUAAAGGCAAUUAUGUAAGAUUCACCAGCGAUAAGCAAGCGUAAAUCAGCACAAAAGGUCGAUAGAAAAAAUUGAUUCAUGGAUUCACUGAUACAAACACAUACCAACACAUAAAAAGAAGUGUACAAUGUAUAAGAGCCUUUUCUCUUAAUGCGCAGAAUACUGCUGGCUUUGUCAAUGGUUACGUAGCUCCGCGCCCACAAAACGUUUGCCGCCAUACAGCUGAUCCGUUGAUACAUAUGUAUGYAUCGUUACGUGAAAACACCACUGCCACCAGCACCGCACACACAUCAGCAAUAUCACAAACAUGUCGUCAACUGCAGCCGUCGCACCACUGCCUGCCAUUGAUAUCGAUCAACCGAAAUAUGACCAGAGCACUUACAUCAAUCGUGCCAAGCAUUUCUUCCUKCUCACCAAUCCGCUGAAUCUCUURGCCACCAACGAGGAGUUGGAGCGCGCCAAGCGCAUCGUACACAGUUAUCGUGCCGGCAAACCGGUGCAGGAAUGCGGCAGCGUUGAGGAGCUGUGGCGUGCCAAGUACCUGUACGAUUCGGCCUUUCAUCCAGAGACAGGCGAGAAGUCGCUGAUUAUUGGUCGCAUGUCGGCUCAAGUGCCAAUGAACACGCUGAUUACAGGAUGUAUGCUGUCGUUCUACAAGACCACACCAGCAGUCGUUUUCUGGCAAUGGGUCAAUCAGACAUUCAACGCAGUUGUCAACUAUACAAAUCGCUCUGGAUCAACACCCAUUUCCAAAGAGCAAUUGCUUACUUCAUAUGUAUUGGCCACUGGUGGCGCGCUGACUACAGCACUCUCCCUCAACCGGCUAGUGAAGAAUUUAAACCCGCUGAUUGGACGCCUAGUGCCGCUGGCGGCCGUGGCAGCAGCCAAUUGCAUCAAUGUGCCCAUGAUGCGCAUGCAAGAGUUGAAAAACGGCGUCACUUUGCUGGACGAAAUGAACAACGAGUUGGGUGUUUCGAAGAAGGCCGCUGCCGUCGGUAUCACAGCUGUGGUGGCUAGUCGCAUUGCCAUGGCUGCGCCCGGAAUGGUGCUAACGCCACUGUUGAUACAGUCGUUGGAGAAACGUGGCUUCCUCAAGCGCUUCCCCAAAGCCAGCGCUCCCAUUCAGACGCUUUUCUGCGGUUUCGUCUUGAUAUUCGCCACCCCGCUGGGCUGUGCAUUCUUCAGUCAACGCGCCGCAAUCGGGGUGGACCGUCUGGAGGAUGAAGUGCAGCAAGACAUUAAAAAACACAAUGCCGAGCUUAAAGAAGUAUGGUUCAACAAGGGCUUGUAAGCCAAAAGCAGCCUUAUUGAGAAUAUCUUUUGGAGACUCUGCAUUUUUAAAGGACAAUAAAAAAUUCCAUUUACUUUCUGACAAGCGCUUAUCGUCAUGAGCAUUUGUGUUAAGAGAAAAAUAUAA